GUUACAAUUCAACAAAUAUCAUCAACUUUUAACUAUUAAAUUCAUAAAAUAAAUAAUAAAUUAGGUUUUUUUAUUAAUUAAAUUAAUUAAAAUGAUGUCAUUUUACUUAGAAUGCGUAAGUCGAUCAUACCGAUCAUACCAGUGAUAUCAUGCCUGUUUUAUAAUCGGCACAGGUUGAAUCAGGUUCGACAUAGUUGUACAUCAUAAAUUAAAAAACUCAUAAUUCAUGAGCGAUUGUAUUAAGCGCCAUUAACUCAACUCUACACCGAAAGAAAAUUCAAAAAACUAAAUGGAAAAAUGAGAAAAGAAGCGGAUGCUCAAUUAGAUUGUUAACUUCCCCAAGUUUCCCAAAAGCGGCUUAAAUGCCCACAGACACACGCAAACAGAAAAUAGAGCACCCGUUGCUUUUGCUAAAUUGUUCCUCUUCUGAACCUCCACCACCUCCGACGUCCGUACUGCUUCCGCCACCGCGCCACGACCCACCGUUCGUGAUCCCCUCCGACUCCCUUCCUUCGUCCGCCAAUCAGGCGUUACUAAACGGCGAUUCAUCAAUGGCUUUUGCUUCAUCUCCCGCUCUCUGAUCAUUAGCGUCGCUUCCUCCCACAGGGCGUAAAUGAGACGCUUAAUCCGCCGGCAAACUAUUGAGGAAAGAAUUAACAGACGGAAUCGCCCGAGGAAACAAUAGGACGACGACGAUGUCAUUCUUCUUCGGUUUCUUCAUCGGAGUGUCCAUUGGGAUUGGCCUCAUUGUCGCUUUAGCUCGUUACGAGUCCGUCCGAUCCGCUCGCCGCUCCGCCUUGGCAAAGACGGUGGCGGCGUUUGCGAGGAUGACGGUACAGGACUCUCGGAAAAUUCUCCCGGCGGAGUUCUACCCGUCGUGGGUGAGCUCUGACAUUUUGCUCUCCCCUGUUAUGGAAUUACAGUUAAAUUGGCUUAAUCACCAGCUAGACAAGAUUUGGCCCUACGUCGAUGCGGCAGCGUCGGAGCUUAUAAGGAACAAUGUGGAGCCGAUUCUAGAAGAGUAUAGACCAGCUAUUCUCUCAUCUCUCAAGUUCUCCAAGUUGACUCUUGGCACUGUAGCUCCUCAGUUCACAGGAAUUAGCAUUAUUGAAGAGGAAAGUGACUCUGGAGGUGUGACAAUGGAGUUAGAGAUGCAAUGGGAUGGCAAUCCUAAUAUUGUGCUUGAUAUCAACACUAGAGUUGGUGUUGCUCUUCCUAUACAGGUAAAAGAUAUUGGAUUCACUGGGGUUUUCAGGUUAAUCUUCAAGCCACUUGUUCCUGAAUUCCCUGGGUUUGGAGCUAUUUCUUACUCACUGAGGGAAAAGAAACAAUUAGACUUCAGACUAAAAGUAAUAGGAGGCGAGUUAUCGUCAAUACCCGGGUUAUCUGAUGCUAUUGAGGAAACUAUAAAGGACGCCAUUGAAGACUCCAUCACUUGGCCAGUCAGGAAAAUUAUACCUAUUCUGCCCGGUGACUACGAGGACUUGGAGCUUAAGCCAGAAGGAAUACUGGACGUGAAACUUGUGCAGGCUAAAGAGCUAUCAAACAAGGAUGUUAUCGGGAAAUCAGAUCCUUUUGCCGUCGUAUUCAUCCGCCCACUGCGUGACAGAACAAAAACCAGCAAAGUUAUUAACAACCAAUUGAACCCCGUUUGGAACGAGCACUUCGAGUUUGUUGUCGAGGAUGCAUCUACUCAACAUCUAACAAUCAGAGUGUUUGACGAUGAAGGGAUUUCGGCAGCUGAGCUCAUUGGCUGUGCUCAGGUGGCGUUGAAAGACCUGGAGCCUGGUAAAGUCAAGGACGUAUGGUUGAAACUGGUCAAAGAUUUGAACAUCCAGAGAGACAACAAGUACAGGGGCGAGGUACAUCUGGAGCUGCUAUACAUUCCUUAUGGGAUGGAAAGCAGCUUGAAGAACCCAUUCAAUCCGGAUUACCAACUGACGACGUUAGAGAAGAAGAUCAAGUGCGGGAAUGAAGCUGGUGAAGACCCGAUCCUCGCCUCGGCCGCAUCUAGGAAGAAUGUGAUCGUGAGAGGAGUUCUGUCGGUGAAUGUGGUGGCUGCCGAGGACUUGCCGGCGGUGGAUGUGAUGGGGAAGGCCGAUCCAUAUGUUGUCCUCAUCAUGAAGAAAUCCGACGCAAGAGCCAAAACCAGGGUGGUGCAAGAGAGCUUGAAUCCUGUGUGGAACCAGACGUUCGACUUCGUCGUGGAAGAUGCUCUCCAUGAGAUGCUGAUUUUGGAGGUUUGGGAUCAUGACACUUUUGGAAAGGACAAAAUUGGAAGAGUGAUAAUGACGCUGACGAGAGUUAUAAUGGAAGGGGAGUUCCAGGAUUCGUUUCCGGUGGAUGGCGCCAAGUCUGGGAAGCUUUUCUUGCAUCUCAAAUGGACUCCCCAGCUUAAAUUUCGUGACCCUUGAAUUGAAUCUAAUUGAAAAAACCUCAUUUUGCAUUCAUACGUGCAUAUAAAUAUAAUGCAUUUACCUCGUACGCUUUUCACCCUUUCAUCUGAUGACAAUGUUAGAAGUUUUCUUGUUUAUACAAAUUGUGAAAUUGUAAAGAAACUUUACGGCAAAAUGAGAAAUGAAUCAAACCUUUAACAUUGUGCUCAGAUGAUCAGUGGUGAAGGUAGGUUGAAGAUAGAAAGGGUUUUGAUUGAAACUUACAUGUAAAUUCUGCACAAAUUAGGAAUUAAAAUAUUUGAUAAGC